AUGAAUGCUUCCCGCCUAGCGAUGAUAUACCAAGCCAAUGUAGUGCUAUACAUCGACCGAGAAACUACACUUAGGAAUUUUCGCCUUGUCAACAAACGGGCACAUGAAGCGAUUCGUUGUUUAAAAGUGAAUCCACGUUCGAUCUAUUUGGGGUACAACUUCCUUUUCAAUUUCUUUCCACACCUCAACACACUCACUGGUAACUUGAACACAAUGGUACACUCUUUGACACAGAAGCAGAUGGAUCAAAUCACUUGGUUUGACUGUUCCAAUGCAGAGAUAUCACCAGAGGCUUUUGAUGGUACUAUUUUGAAUAAAAUCAUCACAAUUUCAAUACAAAAGGGGAGCUUUAGUUAUGUUCAAAAACACUGCACAAAGGUUAGAAAAAUAGUUAUAACACUCGACGACGAUUUUUCAUUUGAAAAUUUAAGAUUCAGAUUUUUGCAGAAACUUGUGAUAAAAAAGUCUGUGAAUGACAAACUAAAAAUUAAACUUUCUGAUUUUGUAGUGACAAAUCCAGAUGCAUCUAUUGGGAUACUUAACAUGGAGAGUGACGAAGUUGACAUCGACACAAAUGUAAAUGACAAAUAUCACAGAAUAUGCAUUGAAAAAGUCACAAAAGAUGUAGUAAAGAAAAUUGUAACAAGUAACACACAAAAACGUGAAGAUGAACAGUUUCCAUACUUUAUUAAGCCAACACUAAAUGUGAAAAAUUUCAAUGAAAAAUUUCUUGAUUUUAACCAACUUGAAAAGUUGAAAUAUAUAUAUUACGAUUAUAGAACUUACUUGUAUGAAUAUAAAAUUAGUUCUAAUUGGAAUAAUAUUAAAAACAUCGAUUUGACACAAUUAUAUAGAUUGGGAAUAAUAUCAAUGUACUUUGACAAAACAGUCGAGACAACUGUUACAAUGCCAAAUCCAGUAAAUGCCAAAUUUCUAACAUUUGGUUUUGUAACAAAGUCUCCAAAUACAAUCCAUUUUGUUAAUAUAGAAAAUUGUUAUCAUUUAAGUAAUGUGAACAUUAACUGUUCAUUCAACAACAUAACACUUGAUUUACGAAAUAAUCAUACAGAUUUGGUUUUGAUAAACACAGGUAAAGAAAUUGCAAAAGUUAACUUUUUGUGUGUUUUUCCAACUAGUUAUUGCAUAUUGAAAGGGUUGGAUAUCAAAGAAAUCACUUUUAAUAACAGUGGAUUUAAUUGUUCACUAACAUUUGUUAAUAUGCAAAAUUUGAAAAAAAUUGUAUUUAAAUAUGAAUCGAACAGAAAAAGUUAUGAAAAACGAAGAAGACAAGAAGAGAUUGAAAUUUCUGUCGGUCACCCCGUAGAAGUUAUAUUUGGGCAUGAAGAUAAUUUUGAUGAUUUGUUUUAUUAUUCUGUUUAUAAAUUAAUAAUUUUUUAUCCAAAAAAGACUUAA